AUGUCUGCUCUAUGUUAUAUGAUCCCAGAUCUCUCACUGAUUGAAGAUGCAGUCGAGGUCACUUUCAACAUCGCGCUGUGCAAGUUCCAGUUGCGGUGUGUGCAAGCACAACUAGAUCGGAAGGACAUCAUCACCAUUGCUCCAACAGGUGCAGGCAAAACACUAACGUUCUGGAUCCCCCUCCUCUUCAAUAACGAUGGCAUUGUAAUCCUCAUUACCGCGCUCAAUGGGCUCGGUGAUCAGAACAUCAAGGAGUUGCAGCAGCUCGGUACUUCAGCAGUGAAUUUGACUGGCACAAAUGCAACAAACAACACAAUUCAAGGAAUCAAGAGCCAUAAAUAUCAAGUAAUUAUUGUGAGCCCUGAGCUUAUCAUCAAUGACUGGUGUUUCAAUGAUCUAUGGAGAGCAAGGGACUUCACAGCUCACUUGUUCAAUAUCACCAUCGAUGAGGGGCAUUGUAUCAGUCAAUGGGGAAAGGACUUUCGUCCUGAAUAUAGUCAACUCAGCAAACUUCGCUGGCUGCUUCCGCCACAUGUGCUGUUCCAUGUUGUCUCUGCAACCUUACCAGCACACAUCCUGAAAGACGUCUCAGCAUCUCUGAAUAUGCAGCAUGAGAACACCUCCAUGAUCCGGCUUUCGAACGACCGAUGA